AUGGAUCUGUACCAGUAUUACAUAUAUGAAAAUGCCGAUCAACGAACUAAAGACUGGUUUCUGGCAGGGUCACCGUUUCCGAUGGUCGUCAUCAUUUUUUGUUACUUAGCAUUGAUCUAUUACAUAGUGCCUAGAUACAUGCGAAACCGAGAAGCUUUUCAGCUGAAAACUUUCAUGGGUAUCUACAAUUUGUUCCAGGUGUUUUACUGCGUGUUCCUAAUAGCCAAUUUAGUGAAAGCCGGUUGGAGACCGUACUUUUUUUACCAAUGCGUAGAAACGGAUUAUUCCGACAACCCAAAUGCGGUGCGAAUGGUCGAAACGACCUGGUAUCUGAUGAUGAUCAAGCUGUUCGAACUGCUAGAGACGGUGCUAUUCGUGUUACGGAAGAAACAAAAUCAAGUCACGCUGCUACAUGUCUACCAUCACAUCAGUACGUUAGUGAUUGCAUACAUUUACACCAAGUACAUCGGAGGGAGCAUGCUGACAUUUUCCAUUGUGGCCAACUGUAUAGUCCAUAUAAUUAUGUACUCGUAUUACUUCAUGUCCGCUUACAAUGUGUCUCUAUUUAAAUUCCUCGUUGUGAAGUACAAAAAGUACAUCACCAAAAUUCAACUUAUUCAGUUCUGUUUGAUGAUGAUGAACAACUUGCUCGGACUCAAUCCACGCUGCAACGUUUCUCGCCCGUUUCUUGCAAUGUACAUACCAAACAUCCUUAUCUUGACCUACCUUUUCUACGAUUUUUAUAAAAAAUCUUACAACAAGUCCAAAGGCAAGGAAGAAAAAUUAUCAUAA